GUUUUUCAACCUAGUAAGUAAAAAUGUUUUUGCAGUUUAUUAAGGAAACAGUUUUUCUCUUCAUGACUAUGAUUGGCACCCUGGGGAAUAUUUCUGUUUCUGUGGACUAUUUGUUCAGUUUAUUAGACGGUGCUGAGAAGAAACCCAUACACCUCAUUCUCAUCCAUUUGGCUUUUAUAAACAUCCUAAUCCUUCUUGCAAAAGGCUUGCGAAAGAUAAUAGCGGUUUUUGGUUGGAGAAACUUCCUAGAUGACAAAGGCUGUAAGAUCAUUGUUUACCUGGAGAGGGUGGCCCGUGGCCUCUCCAUCUGCACCAGCAGUCUCCUCACUGUGGUCCAGGCCAUCAUCAUCAGUCCCAGAUCAUCUGGGUGGAAGAGGUUCAGACCAAAGUCUGCAUGGCACAUCCUUCCAUUCUUCACAUUCUUUUGGAUAUUCAAUGCUUUAAUAAGUGUGAACAUAAUUCAUUCCAUGAAAAGUACAAGCCUGAAUAUAUCACAGCCUAGGAGUGGGGACAACUAUUGUUAUUUUAUGCUAGAAAGUCAGGAAAUAAAAUGGAUUUUUCUCAUCCUCAUGGUCCUGAGAGAUGCAGUGUUUCAGGGUGCCAUGGGAGGGGCCAGUGGCUACAUGGUAUUUCUUCUUCACAAGCACCACCAGCAUGUCCUCUACCUGCAGAACUCCAAGCUUCUCUACAGAACUCCCCCAGAGCUGAGAGCUGCCCAGAGUGUCCUCCUUCUGAUGCUCUGUUUUGUUUUCUUCUACUGGACAGACUGUGCCUUUUCUCUGUUUCUAAGUCUCUCUUUAGGGGACUAUUUGUUGAUGAUAAAUAUUCAUGAAUUUCUGACCCUUGGUUAUGCAAUUUUCAGCCCCCUUGUGCUGAUUCACAGGGAUGGGCUUCUGACUGAACGUUGGCAUGCUCAGUUGGAGACACUGAGAAAAUGUCUCUCUCAUCUAUUUGUUCAAUAA